GCUCGUCUUCCUGCCCGAGGUGAGCGGCGGCUGGACCGAGUGGUGCGACCCCGGAGGAAAGGCGCGGGUGGUCGGCGGGGAGUGCUACGUGGAGCAGUGCUCUGGCUGGAAGGUCAUCGAGCCGGACGCGGCGGGCGCGUGGGUGGGCAGCGUGAAGCAGUUGACGGAGGACCGGGGCGCCGGGGUCCGUCUCGAUCCGACCGGUCCGAGCCCGUGUCGCUGCCGGCCAGCCGGGUCCGGCUCGGUCCUGAGCUUCCGACGAUGCGAAAAGGGCCCGUUGCGCCUGCAUGGUGUAGGUGUGCAGCGUGGCUCGGCCAGUGCGAUUCGGUUCCGCCUCCAGUCUGGAGCGGCCUGAUCCGGCCGAUUUUCCGAUCCGAUCCGG